AUGAUGCUCCCACAAACCCACGCCUUACCCGACGACCCAAUCUUCUCCAGACUCCUAAGAAUUGCCGCUCAUAGAGAGGACAAAGUCAUUGUUGAUGAUCGCAGUAUUGGCACGCAGUUUGGCUAUCGUCACAUUCUCCAUGGCACUGUGAAACUCCAACAAAAGCUCCUAGGUCUUCUUGACAAGUCUGCUUUGGAUAGUCCUGGUGGCUUUUAUGUCGCUGUCUUGGCCCCAAACGGCUAUGAAUUCAUUGUUGCGACUCUCGCUGUUCUGUCCCUUGGUGGAGUAGUUGUGCCAAUGCCCACAGGCGCACUUCCAGCCGAAGCAUCAUAUAUCCUUCGGCACUGCGCUGCACGCUGUCUCCUUGUUGGCCCGGAGCAAGUCGACCUCGCUGCGCAGAUCCAAGAGGAAGUCAAAAUUACCUCACUGGCCAUUGAGAGCCAAGUUGAUGAUGCCAACAGUCUGCUUCCACUUACAGGCUAUACUCUCGAUCCAGCGCUUGCGGUGUCUGAAGAAUGUCCUAGUAUCUUGUUCUUUACUUCAGGAACGACUGGGCCUCCGAAAGGCGUUCUACAUGCCCGUCGGACUAUCAACAAAUAUGCUCGGAUGGAAGAAACCGAGCUAAACGACGAGCUGUGUCUUAUACCUAGAGGAGCAUUUUGGUCCAUUUACUUCACAAAACUAUUUCAAAUGCUUCUCACAGGGAUUCGCAUUGAGAUUCAGAAUUUCGGACGCCAUUAUAACCUAAUAUGGGAGAAACUACGUGAGCAAACUGGCACCAAGAUUGUCUUAUCUCCUACCUUUUGGUAUGGUAUGAUGAAAUACUACCAGAAUCACAUUUCGAAAUUGCCGGAGCCCACGGUCAGAGAGUACAUUCAGGGAGUUCAGUACCUUCGCGAUGCAUGCGCAACGGGAGCCAUGCCUUCAAAUCGUGUCAAGGAAUUUUGGCAAGACCUGUGCGGUGGACGGCCGCUUAGGGUACUAUAUGGGUCUACGGAAACGCAGGAGAUAUCUGUUUGCGAUGAAGAAUCGGGCAGUGCAGAGGGUGACUUAGGAACGCCUCUUCCGAAUGUGGUUUUAAAGCUGUCCCAAGGAGAAGAGGGGGAGCUUCUUGUCAAGACUCCGUCAUUAUUUCUUGGGUACCUGAACUCCCCUGAUGCUACGGCAGAGCGUUUCGACUCAGAUGGGUUCUUUAAGACUGGGGACCUAGUUAUCCGCCAGAAUGGACGUUACAUCUUCAAAGGAAGAGCAAACAUGGAUUUGUUCAAGUUCUAUACCUACAAAGUCCCUCGAACACAGGUCGAAGCCAGUCUGAUUGCGCUCCCUUAUAUCGCAGAGGGGUAUAUCAUGCCGGUGGCAGAUCCGCAGUGCGACACCCGGGUAGCUGCCCUUAUGCGACUCCACGAUGGCCUUGAUAAAGUCGACUUGCAUACUCUCAGAAAAGACCUUUCUAAGGAUCUGCCUGCUUACCAACUACCAACCGUGCUUCGGGUUUUGAAAGAACACGAAACGGUUCCACGAACAUGGUCAGACAAGACUGCAAUGAUGAAGGCAGUUCAGAUGUUCUUCCCACAAGAUAGUGAGGACCGGCUUUGUGGAGAGGCGACAGAAGUGAUGGAUAUCAGUGAAUUCAUGAAGCAGAAAACCACGAAGCUGUGGGACUUGUCGGGAAUGCGGUAG